AUGUCCCUCUGGAUGUCAUCCUGUAUUUCAGAUUGGCACUUGAGGGAGAUUGAAACAAGAAAUAGGUAGAAAAAUAUGUUUGGCCACCUGUCUGUAAUUGGAGCUCUGAACUAGAAUCGUUAUAUUCUGAGCAGUUUUAAUGUAAGUAAUAUCCAUAGAAAGACAGGAAAAGAAAAUACAGCGCAAGUUUCUAUUCAUCACCAUGAUGUUCCCCACCAUGUUGUUACUUUUUACCAGAACAAACGAGGCAUUUGCAGCCUGAAAUGGUUACUAACCAACCAGUUGCUGGCAGGUGGGUCUAGUGGUGGUAUACUGAAUAUCUGGCAUGACCCUAGUGGAAAAUUGCAGUCACGGCCACUGAAAACCAUACCUAUUCCUCUGCAGUUAAAGACUAUAAACUGGUGCCCUUGGCAGACUAAAGUCCCUACCACAGGAGGUGGAAUGAAAAAUGGCAUUUUCAUUGUCUGGGAAAUAAAAUGUGGGGAAGUUAUCCAAAGUGCAGCUACAGAUUCUCAGAAUUUUAAAUUUCAAUGGAUUUGUUCCUUACUCUGGUUACCCAAAACCAGUGAACUGAUGAUGGGACAAGGCCUUCUUGGAAAUCAGACAAAAAUAUGGAAAUAUCCUAUGCUUUUCAAUUCACCAGAAUGCUAUGGUCACAAAAGGAGAGUCUUGCAUAUAGCCCUUAGCCCAUAUCAGAACAAGCUCCUUUCUGCUGCAUGGAUGGGAUGGUGUCUGUGGAAAUGCCAAGAAUCUGUAGAGAGCAAACACAGCAGCAAGGCCUUUUAA